AUGGCAAUCUCAAACUUUGCAAACAGAUGCUUUGGUCUCACCUUGUGCCUUCUUUUGGUUUAUGUUGGUGCAAGGGAGACACCAAAUUUUAAGUUCAGGGCUGUUAAUUUGGGAGGAUGGCUGGUCACAGAGGGAUGGAUCAAGCCAUCUCUUUUUGAUGGUGUACCCAACAAAGAUUUGCUGUUUGGGACACAAGUUCAGUUCAAGUCAGUAAAGCUGGGAACCUAUCUUUGUGCUGAAGGUGGUGGAGGUUCAAUAAUUGUAGCAAACAGAACCAGUGCAUCAGGAUGGGAAUCCUUCAAGUUGUGGAGGACGACUAAUGUGAAGUAUCAGUUCAAGGUUUUCAAUGGCCAGUUUAUUGGACAAGGAGUAGGAUUGGAUGCUGUAGCAGUUGCUAAUACGCCCGGGUCUACUGAAACUUUUGAGAUUAUCAGGAAUACACAGGAUAACAAACGAGUUCAGAUCAAAGGACCAAAUGGAAUGUUCUUACAGGCUAAGACACAGGACAGAGUCACUGUCGAUUUCCAAGGUGAUCCAGGGUGGGGAGACGAUAGUCCAGCUGUUUUCGUGCUCUCAAUUGUUAACACCCUGCAAGGAGAGUACCAAAUAACAAAUGGGUAUGGUCCCGAAAAGGCCACAAAAGUCAUGAAUGAUCACUGGAACAGUUUCAUUGUGGAAGAUGACUUCAAAUUUAUGUCUAAGAAUGGGAUUAACUCUGUGAGAAUCCCGGUCGGGUGGUGGAUUGCAAGUGACCCUGCACCCCCAUCACCUUUUGUUGGGGGCUCUCUUAAAGCUUUGGACAGAGCAUUUACUUGGGCAGAGAAAUAUGGACUCAAGGUCAUAAUUGAUCUUCAUGCGGCUCCAGGUUCACAGAACGGGUUCGAGCAUAGUGCUUCUACAGAUGGCAGCCAGGAAUGGGGAAAGACCCAGGAGAACAUAGACCUGACUGUUUCAGUUAUAGAGUUCCUUGCAUCAAGAUAUGCCUCCAGGGAAGGUCUUGCUGCAGUUGAGCUCAUAAACGAACCUCUUUCACCAGGAGUUUCUCUGGAAACCAUAACCAAAUACUAUAGAGCUGGAUAUGAUGCAGUAAGGAAGCAUUCGCCCACUGCUUAUGUUAUUAUGUCGAACCGUCUAGGACCAGCCAAUUCUACAGAGCUGUUUCCACUAGCCAAUCGCCUAAGACAUACAGUAAUUGAUGUCCACUACUAUAACCUCUUCAGCAGUGAGUUUGACACAAUGACAGUGCAGCAAAACAUAGACUUUGUAUACAAUAACAGGUCUCAGCAGCUUAAUAGCAUAACUAGAGCCAAUGGUCCACUCACUUUUGUGGGAGAAUGGGUAGCUGAAUGGCAAGUUCAGGGUGCAUCACAGGCUGAUUACCAAAGAUUUGCAAAGGCCCAAUUAGAGGUCUAUGGGAGAGCCUCAUUUGGAUGGGCUUAUUGGACACUAAAGAAUGUGAACAAUCAUUGGAGCCUACAGUGGAUGAUACAGAACAAGUAUAUCCAAUUGUAUGGGGAGGUCUCAGUGAGUCUCAGGCAUACUUACAAUUUUUCUUUGAGAUCAUAUUUAAGCCUGAAUUAUAAGGGGAAAGUACGUGAUAAUUUUGCAAUUCAAUAUAUCCAUUAUUUUGGAACAUGGCCUAUAAAUUGUUGGCAAAUGCAAGAAUAUUUCAUCCAAACAAAGAUGGAAUUAUCAAAGUUGUCAAGUACAUGCUUUGGCCUCACCUUAUGCCUUCUCUCAGUUUAUACUGUUGCACAGGCACCCAACCCCAGAUUCAAGGCUGUGAAUUUGGGAGGGUGGUUGGUUAUAGAAGGAUGGAUCAAACCAUCUCUUUUCGAUGGGAUACCCAACAAAGAUUUGCUGUAUGGAACCCAAGUUCAGUUCAAGUCAGUAAAGCUGGGAAACUAUCUGUCAUCUGAAAAUGGUGGGGGUUCAAUUAUUGUCGCAAACAGGACAAGUGCAUCAGGAUGGGAAACGUUCACGUUGCAAAGGACUACGGAUGUCAAAUAUCAGUUUCGGGUGUUCAAUGGACAGUUUAUAGGGCAGGGAUCAGGAAAAGAUGUGGUAUCAAUAGCUAAUGAUCCCGGGACUACUGAAACUUUUGAGAUCAUCCGGAAUCCAGGAGAUAACAAACGAGUUCAGAUCAAGGCAUCAAAUGGGAUGUUUUUGCAGUAGGAGACAGGAAACCGUGUGACUGCUGAUUUCCAAGGUGACCUAGGCUGGGGAGAUAAUAGUCCAGCCGUGUUUGUGACCACGAUCAUUCGCACACUACAAGGAGAAUACCAGUUAACAAAUGGUUACGGACCUGAUAAGGCUCACCAAAUUAUGAAUGAUCACUGGAACAGUUACAUUGUGGAAGACGACUUCAGGUUCAUGUCUAAUAAUGGGAUAAACUCUAUGAGAAUACCUGUGGGUUGGUGGAUUGCAAGUGACCCUACACCCCCAGAUCCCUAUGUUGGUGGCUCGCUAAACGCUUUGGACAACGCUUUCACUUGGGCAGAGAAAUAUGGUCUCAAGAUAAUUGUCACUCUCCAUGCGGCUCCUGAUUCACAGAAUGGUAAUGAACAUAGUGGCACAAAAGAUGGCAGCCAGAACUGGGGAAAGACACAAAGGAAUAUAGACCAGACCGUUUCAAUUAUAGAUUUCCUUACUUCAAGAUAUGCCAAGAGGAGUAGUCUUCUUGCAGUGGAGCUAAUAAAUGAACCUCUUGCACCAGGAGUGUUCCUCGAUUCUCUAACCAAAUAUUACAAAGCCGGUUAUGAUACAGUAAGGAAAUACACAUCCACAGCUUAUGUUAUAAUGUCAAACCGGCUGGGUCCGGCCAAUCCCAAGGAGCUCUUCCCACUUACCAAUGGCCUAACAAAUGUAGUCAUAGAUGUGCAUUACUACAAUCUCUAUUCCAGUAUGUUUAAUUCUAUGACAGUGCAGCAAAACAUAGACUUCAUAUACAAUGACAGGGCUCAGCAGGUCAGCAGCAUAACUACAGCUAAUGGUCCACUCACCUUUGUGGGGGAAUGGGUUGCUGAAUGGGCAUUUCAAGGAGCAUCAAAGGAAGAUUAUACAAGAUUUGCAAAGGCCCAAUUGGAUGUUUAUGGCCGCGCCUCGUUUGGAUGGGCUUAUUGGACUUACAAGAAUGUGAAUGGGCACUGGAGUCUAAAAUGGAUGAUAGAGAAUGGGUAUAUUCAACUGUGAUAUCCACUAGUUGUGGGCUUUUUAAGUAAGCUGAACCACCAUGAUGGCUCAGCAUAAUAAAUAAGGGAUUUGUUUGAACUGUCUUUUGUUCAUCACAUGGUCUUGCCUUUUUUUAUACCAUCACUAUCUGUUUUUUGUUUUUUUGUUUUUUUUUCCUUGAUAAGUGGAGUUGGA